CAUGAAUUACCUAUAUCUGCUUGCAGAGAAUUAUUUAAUAAAUAACAUUAUUCUGAUGGAAUUUAAAGCUAACCAUUUGUAUUCAACAGUAUUUGUUACUGUUCCUGAAAGGACUGUGCUUUAUUUGAUCUAAUCGUAAUAGAUCUGUAUUGAUAAAUCUUGAGAUGGAUUUUUGAGUCGCAUCUUUUUGUUAAAAGUUGCCUUUUCCUCUUGCAAAGUUCAUUGAUGGGAAAAGACACACUAGGAGUCAUCAACACAAAAGAAUUAAUGAUAGACCAGAUGUCUCUAUUUUAACCAGACAUAUUGAACUAGUAGUUAUGGUAAUUUUUCAAUUUGGUUCAAGUUAUUUUUCCCCUGGUAGUUGCACAAAUGUGUAUGUAUUCAAAAUGUGACAGUUGAAAUAAAAUACUGAAUGAAAUAGCAAGUAAUUGUACCGGAAAUAUCUUUCUCAGGAAUUUGUGAUUUGUAAUUGUGGCUUUAUGAUCAUUCUUAGCUUACUUCGUGAAUAAAAGAGAAAAGGAUCUAUUUGGGCAAUUGUGACUUCUAAGUAUUUUCUUUAUGAUUAUAUGAAUACAUAUAGACUUAAACUCUCUUACCAACUUGCAUGAAAACCAUUUUUACUCUUAUAAUUAUAGUUUUAAUUUACACUCAUUUAAAAAGUAAUGCCUUUUGGGAGGGCAUUUCUGUGAUAUAAAAAUACUAUCGUUACAUAUUUUACACUGCCCCUGCUGCUUUUGCUGUGGUUGUUGUUAUUAAGGACUUUUAGCCUUUUCUCGAGACAUCAAGUGUUAAACCAGGUGUCUGAUUUUAAAAGUAGAGACUAAGGAUGAACGGAAAAUAUGCAUGUGGUUCUUGCAAUAUAGGAACUGAAAGGAGAGAGUAUCCAAAUUAAUAUUAAGAAUAACCUUCCAAUCAUACAGUAUAUAAUAUAUAUCUCCUACUGGAGUGUGUGCGUGAGAGAGAGAUUAUCUUGAAAGAGGGUUUCGGGAGAGGAAAUGCAAAAUACAUUUUUUGAACUGUGACCAAAAGCUUAUGUUUAAAUGUAGUUUUGCAUUCAUUUUUAAGAAAAAAAAUAUGGAAGAAGAAUGGUUCUCUGUAGAGUAAGAACUUCCAGUCGACAACAGAAAUUUUGUUUUCUUUCUUUGUGAGAAAAGUGUAUGGUUCGUAAAUCUGCAAACUCUGAGUGGCAACUCCAGGGAUUUUGCUUUAGAUAGAGAUGCAGCUAUCAAGCCCUACCAGUUUUCUUGCAGAAGUAUGUAGUGUGUGUAUGUGGUGAGCUUGCUUAGCUCAGGAAAGAAGGAAUGGUAGUAUAAUUUUUCUGUAUUUUCAGGAAUGUCGUGAUUAUUAACAGGGUGCCAUUUUAAAGCACUAAUACCACAUCUUUUUUUUUCUUUCUCUUUUUCUUUUCUUUCUUCUUUUCAUUUUUUUUUUUCCUGCCCUGCAUCAAUUGCAGAAAUUUCAGCCUUCAGCCUCCCCACUCCCCCUCAGCCUUCUGCAGUUGUGGUGGUUACUUUGCGCAUUGCCAUUUAAUAUGGAGGCUGCUCCCAAACCAGAUGCAUUUUCAUUCGUUUUAUCUGCUCUUCUAAGGUUAUAGAGUCUCAGAGGAUCCCACAAUCACAUGGAAGUAUCUUCUGUCUUAAUAUUUGUAGACCACAAUAAGAAUAAAAAUCAAAACCAUAACUCAUGUCGAGCUGGGGCUUUGACUUUAAUCCUUUUGACUUUUAUCUCAAGUCUUCACUCUGUUACUAUAAAUACAGUUUAAACCAUUGUGAAAGGAUCUUCAUGCUUCUUUGUAAAAAAUGGGGAUUUGACAAGACUUUGUUUUACUGCACUAAGGGGUUUCUUUGUUACUGGCUUAACACAGAACAUACUGUUAUUUAUAUAUUUAUUCUAGGUUAAUUCUUUUUUUUUUUUUUGACAUGCGAAAAUGUUGUUGCUUUGAGAAGUGCUUUUUGAUAGUUUCAUCACUUUGUUCUAUAGGGAAUGCUGCUGGUAAGAUAAUGAUUCAAUGUAUUAAUUUGUUCCCUGGGUUUCUUCUGUUUGUUUCAUUCCUUACAAUCUUUGUUUAGUCUCACUGGCACCUGAAAAUAAAUCUUAACAAUCUUCAAUAGCUUUGUGCUUGGUAACAUGGCUGAUUUAUUUGCUUGUAGUUUAGGUACAUUCCCAAAGAUAAUGACUAUUAGUAGGGCUUUUUUUUUUUUUUUGUAGUUCAAGGUGACCUUUGGGGAAAAAAAAUUUAAUGGCAAAUUUGCCUCAUUCUUAGGAGAAAACAGAUACAUAUCUCUUUAUGCCAUAGCAGAGUUACUGAAGGUUUUAAGUAAAUUGAAAUUUUGUAAAUCAUAUUCUAUUAAAAAUUAAGUGGGGGUUAUUAAUUAAAGGAAAUCUGUGUGAAUCUUUAGCACAGACAUUCUUUUGCAUAAUGCAUUAUAUGCUAAAUAAACUCUUAGGGUUUCUGUGAAAUAAAGCCAAAUGGCUUUGGUAGCUGUUAAAAUAGAAAACAAUUCAUAAUUGUUAACUUAACUGGUUGCCUUGUCUUUUGUCUUUGUGUUUUAGAAAUAAAUAUAAUUAUUCAGGAAUGAUGAACAUGGGAUGGAGGAGAGAGCAUUGGUACUGGUUUUGGCAUUUUCUCACUGUGCUGCUGGUGCUUAGAUUUCAGGUUUUGAUCAGGCCUUCACAGUUGAGAACGUUUUGACUUGUGAUCUGAGGCACUAGAAAAACACCCCAACUCACCAAUGACAGCGAAGCAGAUAUUAGAAGUCAUUCAGAAAGAAGGGUUAAAAGAAACAAGACCCCGGCAUGGCUUGGAGACAGCGUUGGUGUGUAUGAAGGAUCUUCCUCGAAUGAAGGAUUUGGGACAACUUUCCAUGAUGAUUAUAUUAGAGCCUCAGCUGCUUUCGUGUUGGUCAUGAGGUGAUGCUGAACCGAAUGCUUGAACUAGCAGGAGUGGCUGGGAUUGCAUUGGAGUGGUUCCGUUCAUUCCUUCCGGAAAUGGAACUUCUCCAUUAGCCUGUCUGAAUGCAAUGCUUCACACUAACACUCGAAUAGGGGAUGGAACAUUCUUCAAAAUCCCUGGAAAGUCAGGCCUCUAUGCUCUCAAAAAAGAGGAGUCGUCAUGCCCAGCUGAUGGAACAUUGGAUUUAGGCUGUGAGUCUGAACUGGAUGGCGCAGAAAUGGCAGAGGCCAAUGCCAGUGGAGAAGGAAAUGGAGUUUGUGCAAAGCAGGUAACUGAUGAAGCAUCUUCCACUCGAGAUUCAAGUCUUGCUAACACAGCAGUGCAGAGCAAGUUAGUGUCUUCCUUUCAACAACACACCAAAAAGGCUCUUAAACAGGCUUUGAGGCAGCAGCAGAAAAGAAGAAAUGGAGUCUCAAUGAUGGUAAACAAGACUGUUCCUCGUGUUGUUUUGACACCAUUAAAGGUGUCUGAUGAGCAGUCGGAUUCGCCUUCAGGCUCCGAAUCUAAAAAUGGUGAAGCAGACAGUUCAGAUAAAGAAAUGAAACAUGGGCAAAAAUCUCCCACUGGAAAACAAACAAGUCAGCACUUAAAACGAUUAAAAAAGUCUGGUUUGGGACACUUGAAAUGGACCAAAGCUGAGGACAUUGACAUAGAAACCCCAGGAUCUAUUCUUGUCAACACUAACUUGAGGGCAUUAAUAAAUAAACAUACGUUUGCUUCCUUACCUCAGCAUUUUCAACAAUACCUCCUGCUUUUGCUCCCAGAAGUGGAUAGGCAGAUGGGAAGUGAUGGAAUUUUACGCCUCAGUUCUUCAGCUCUGAAUAAUGAAUUCUUUGCAUAUGCAGCACAAGGAUGGAAACAGCGACUGGCAGAAGGAGAGUUUACUCCAGAAAUGCAGUUGCGGAUAAGGCAAGAAAUUGAGAAGGAAAAGAAAACAGAACCUUGGAAAGAAAAAUUCUUUGAAAGGUUUUAUGGAGAAAAGUUGGGCAUGUCAAGAGAGGACUCAAUAAAGCUUACUUCUGGACCAAACAAUGAUGGCGCUGAAAGUAGUUCUUCAUGUGGACCCACUGGCCUCCCAGGUCUUUCUGCACAGACUCCCUUGGAAGAGCAACAGCCAAAAAGCAUGAAAAGUCCAACUUCACCAGAGCCGGAAUUCUGUGCUAUGGUAGAUGUAGGUAAAGACAUAAUGGCAGAGUCGGAAUCAGAAGAUAUCUUGAUCCCUGAAGAAUCUGUGAUUCAGGAGGAAAUUGCUGAAGAGGUAGAGACUAGUAUCUGCGAAUGUCAGGAUGAAAAUCAUAAGACGAUACCUGAAUUUUCUGAGGGGUCUGAAAGUCCAGCCAACUCUCACGAAGAGCCCCAGGUAGCACCUCCUGAAGAUAACUUGGAAUCCUGUGUUAUGAUGAAUGAUGUUUUAGAAACUUUGCCUCAUAUUGAAGUUAAAGUGGAAGAGAAAUCAGAAUCUCCCCAGGAAGAAAUGUCGGUUGUUAUUGAUCAACUAGAGGUCUGUGAUUCUCUUGUUCCUUCCACUUCAUCUGUGACUCAUGUCAGUGACACAGAACAUAAGGAGCCAGAAGCUGCAGUAGAGACCAAUACUCCAAAAAUAAAGACGGGGUCGUCUUCUUUAGAAGGCCAAUUUCCCAGUGAAGGAAUUGCCAUAGAUAUGGAGUUACAGAGUGAGCCUGAUGAACAGCUUUCUGAAAAUGCUUGCAUCUCUGAAACUUCCUUCUCUUCCGAGAGCCCAGAGGGAGCCUGUACCAGCCUGACAUCCCCAGGAGGGGAAACCCAAUCCACUUCAGAAGAAUCAUGUACUCCAGCCUCCCUUGAGACAACGUUUUGUUCUGAGGUGUCCAGCACUGAAAAUGCAGACAAAUAUAACCAGAGAAACCCCCUUGAUGAAAACCUUCAUGCAUCUUUGAUGUCAGAAAUAUCUCCAGUAUCCACUUCACCUGAGAUAUCAGAGGCAUCUCUCAUGUCCAAUUUACCUUUAACAUCCGAAGCAUCCCCGGUAUCAAAUUUACCUUUAACAUCAGAAACGUCACCCAUGUCGGAUUUACCUUUGACCUCAGAAACGUCUUCAGUGUCUUCCAUGCUUCUCACAUCUGAGACCACUUUUAUAUCCAGUUUGCCUCUUCCUUCAGAAACAUCUCCAAUUUCUAAUUCUUCCAUGAAUGACAGAAUGGUGCAUCAGCAAAGAAAGUCCCCUUCCAUCUCUGAAGAACCACUCUCCCCACAAAAAGAUGAAGGCUCUGCCCCUGCCAAGCCCCUGGGCGAGAGCCUUCUCUCUCAACAGAGGACUCUAUCAAAUACUCCUGAGCCCGUCAAUAUGGGUUCUUCCGUUUCUCCUGAAGCAUUUCCAUCUGAAGAAUUGCACAGUAAGACUCUGAGUCAGCAGCCUUGUAAAUCACACGUUGAAACUGAGAAGCCCUAUCCUGCUUCGAUUCCAGAACUUCCUUCUAUAGAAAUGAUAAAAGUUAAAAAUCAUAAUGUCCUGCAAAGAACAGAGAAGAAAGGGGCAUCUUCACCAUUGGAGUUACCGGUCUUUUCUGAAGAGACAGAGAGUAAGGGAAACGAGCUUCCAUCAGCUAAAUUACAGGACAAACAGUAUGUCUCAUCAGUGGAUAAGGCUUCCUUUUCAGAAGGCUCUAGAAAUAAAACCCAUAAGCAAGGAAGCUCACAGAACCGAUUGGAGACCUUGCAUUCUUCCAAGUUGUCCGAGCCUUCCAAGUCACCCGACGGGAUAAGAAAUGAAAGUAGAGAAUCCGAGAUAUCAAAGAGGAAAACAGCAGAGCAGCACAGUUUUGGAAUCUGUAAGGAAAAGAGGGCUAGGAUAGAAGAUGAUCAGUCAGUGCGGAGCAUAUCGUCCAGCAGCCCCCCUGAGAAAGAGCAGCCCCCCAGAGAGGAGCCCAGGGUUCCACCUCUCAAGAUCCAGCUUUCCAAAAUUGGGCCACCUUUUAUUAUCAAGAGCCAGCCAGUCUCCAAACCAGAGUCUCGCGCAUCCCCUAGCACGUCGGUCGGCGGUGGGAGGAACACAGGAGCCAGGACCCUUGCAGAUAUCAAGGCCCGGGCCCAGCAGGCAAGGGCCCAGCGAGAGGCCGCGGCAGCCGCUGCUGUGGCCGCCGCGGCCAGCAUCGUCUCCGGAGCCAUGGGGAGCCCAGGAGAGGGUGGAAAGGCGAGAACCCUGGCACACAUCAAAGAGCAGACAAAGGCGAAGCUCUUUGCAAAGCAUCAAGCCCGAGCUCACCUCUUCCAGAACACUAAAGAGUCCCGGUUGCCUGUGCUCGGCUCAAAGGAUGGGCCUCCCAGCUUAGAAGUCUCUUCUGCCCCUGAAACAAAAAUCGAAGGGUCUACUGGCGUGAUUAUUGUCAAUCCAAACUGCAGAUCUCCUAGCAACAAGUCCGCGCACCUCCGGGAGACCAGCACUGUAUUGCAGCAGUCUCUUAACCCAGCUAAACUUCCAGAAACUGCCACUGACUUAUCUGUGCAUAGCUCUGACGAAAAUGUACCUGUGUCGCAUUUAUCUGAGAAAAUGGUUUCAUCUACCUCUUCUGAAAAUAGCAGUGUGCCCAUGCUUUUUAAUAAAAAUUCUGUCCCCGUGUCUGUUUGCAGCACUGCUAUGUCGGGAGCAGUUAAAGAACAUCCCUUUGUGAGUUCUGUUGAUAAAUCCUCCGUUCUAAUGUCUGUGGACAGUGCAAACACUACGAUUUCUGCUUGUAAUAGAAGCAUGUUAAAAACCAUCCAGGGAACCGACACUCCGUGCAUAGCCAUCAUACCAAAAUGCAUCGAAAGCACUCCUAUCCCCCUCACGACAGAGGGCUGCCGUGGAUCGAGCCCCAUGGAUGACAAGCCGGCGCCACUGUCCAGCAGCAGUGCUAGUAACUUAGUCUCCAGUCAGUACACCUCUGUGCCAACUCCCUCCAUCGGGAAUAACUUGCCCAGCCAUCUCUCCACUAGCUCUGUCUUGAUUCCCCCAGCGGGAGUUAAUAGCAGAUACCCUUCUGAGAAGAUAGCCAUGCCUGGGAGUGAAGAACAGGCCCCCGGACCCUUGGGUACCACUGUGAGAGCCGCCCUCGGCUGCAGGGAGUCGGUAGCAGUCACAGACGCUCUGGCUGCACGGCCACAUGUCGCAAUGUUUACUGGAAGCAUGCUAACAAUAAACUCUUACGAGAGUCCUCCCAAGUUGACCGCCGAAAGCUUGGACAAAAAUUCAGGGCUUCGAAACAGGGCAGACAGUUCUGGGAAACCUCAGCAGCCUCCGGGGGGCUUUGCACCAGCAGCCAUAAACAGAUCGAUUCCAUGUAAAGUCAUCGUUGACCACAGCACCACGCUGACCUCCACGUUGUCUCUGACCGUCUCCGUCGACAGCGCGGAAGCCAGCUUGGACCUCCAGGGCAGGUCAGUGAGGACAGAAGCCUCCGUCCAGCCCGUGGCGUGUCCUCAGGUAUCUGUCAUCAGCAGGCCUGAGCCAGUUGCAAACGAAGGCGUAGAUCACACUUCCAGUUUCCUUGCUGCUCCCGCGGCAAAGCAAGACUGUAAACCGAUGCAGGCGGCCUGUUCAGGUCUCCGAGAAGGACCCCUUGUUGUUCCAGAUAAGUUAAAUGAGGCGACUGCUCCUAGUAAUAGCUUUGCUGAGCAGGCACGGGGCCCAGCCACUUUCCAGAGUGAAACAGACACCACCUGUAGCAAUCAGUACAACCCAGGCAACCGGAUUUGCUGGACUGAGGAGGGGAUGAGGGGCCCAGGGCAGCCUCUGGUUAGUCACUCUGGUUCAAGUAAACAGAAAGACUACCUGGAGCAGGGCUGUCCAAAGCCUAUCAAAAGCGAACACGCUGGCUACUCACACAUGUCAGAACUUCACCCCAGGAAUCUCAUGACAAAUGUCCCUCUCCCGGUGAAGUCUGAACCUCAUGAAGUGGACAAGGGCUUUAGAAUGGACACCGAAGACUUCCCCGGCCCCGAGCUGCCUCCUCCUCCGGCCCCAGAGGUCGCCCCUGGUGUGCCGCAGGCACAAAACGUGAAGGCCUCCACCUCCGGCCCCAUGGAAGAGGCCAUCUCCUUGGCUGUGGACCCCCUGAAAAGGGUCCCCAGCGCAGGGAGCUCCGGCUGCCGUCUCUCAUCCGUGGAGGCUAACAAUCCACUGGUGACACAGUUGCUCCAGGGCAACCUGCCUUUGGAAAAAGUGUUGCCUCAGCCCCGAUUGGGAGCCAAGCUCGAAAUCAACAGACUUCCUCUGCCUCUUCAAACUACCUCAGCGGGUAAAACGGCACCAGAGAGGAACAUUGUAGAAACGCCGUCCAGCUCUCCAAAUCCAGACGGGAAGGGCUACCUGGCAGGGACCCUUGCACCUCUGCAAAUGAGAAAGCGAGAAAACCACCCCAAAAAGAGAGUCGCCAGGACUGUGGGGGAACAUACGCAAGUUAAAUGUGAGCCAGGGAAGUUGUUGGUGGAGCCAGAUGUUAAAGGGGUGCCCUGUGUCAUCAAUUCGGGCAUGAACCAGCUAGGACACGGCCAGCCUUUUAAGCAAGAGUGGCUGAACAAGCACUCCAUGCAGAACAGAAUUGUUCACAGCCCUGAGGUCAAACAGCAAAAGCGGCUGCUCCCCUCGUGUAGCUUCCAGCAGAACCUAUUUCACGUCGAUAAGAAUGGCAGCUUCCACCCCGAGGCUGGCAUCGCACACCGGCAGCAGUUUUACCAAAUGCCCAUGGCUGCCCGGGGCCCCGUCCCCAGCGCCGCGCUAUUACAGGCCUCUGCCAAGACCCCAGUGGGCUGUAACGCGUUCGCCUUCAAUAGGCAUCUCGAACAAAAGGGGUUGGGAGAGGUUGGCCUUUCUUCAGCACCUCACCAGCUGAGGUUAGCCAACAUGAUAUCCCCCAACGUGCCCAUUAAAGAAGGCGAUGACGUGGCAGGGGCCGCGCACUCCAUGCCGAACAAAGCACUGGUGCAUCCCCCGCCCCCGCCCCCGCCGCCCCCCCCACCCUUGGCUUUGCCCCCGCCUCCCCCACCGCCACCUCCGCUACCUCCACCUCUUCCGAAUGCAGAAGUCCCCUCCGAUCCGAAGCAACCGCCGGUUGCCAUGGAAACCACUAAGCGACUUAGUUGGCCACAGUCCACGGGCAUAUGUAGCAAUAUAAAAUCGGAACCUCUUUCUUUUGAGGAAGGUUUAAGCAGCAGCUGUGAACUGGGCAUGAAACAAGUUUCCUAUGACCAGAAUGAAAUGAAAGAACAGUUAAAAGCAUUUGCGCUAAAAAAUGCAGAUUUCUCUUCCUAUUUGCUUUCUGAGCCACAAAAGCCUUUUACCCAAUUAGCUGCUCAGAAAAUGCAGGUGCAGCAACAACAGCAGCUCUGUGGAAAUUAUCCAACAAUACACUUUGGUAGCACGAGCUUCAAAAGGGCGGCAUCUGCAAUUGAAAAGUCCAUUGGGAUUUUGGGAAGCGGCUCCAGUCCUGCCACGGGCCUGCCUGGUCAGAACGCUCAGAUGCCCGUGCAGAACUUUGCCGACAGCAGCAACGCGGAUGAGUUGGAACUGAAAUGCUCUUGCCGGCUGAAAGCCAUGAUCGUGUGCAAAGGCUGUGGGGCCUUCUGCCACGACGACUGCAUAGGUCCCUCCAAACUCUGUGUGGCUUGCCUGGUUGUGCGGUAAGAGCUGGUGAAAGAUGCAGUAUCCCUUUUCAACACGGAAAAGCCAAACGGCGUCAGCAGCAACAAAUUGAGUAACUCAGUGGUUUAUAUCGUGAUAAUUUAUUUUACUUUGGAACAGAUUAUCUUUUCUCUCUGGGAUUAUUUACUUGCAUUUCCCAGAAAGGGGAGGUCACGUCCCAGCAGAGUGGCUCAUCAGCAUGUCUUUUACAGAUUAAGUUGCCAUUCCCAGCUUUGGAAAAUUUCUGUCCACGUGUAUACAGGUCACUACCCCAUUCGUUAUUAUUAUUAUUAUUAUUAUUAUUAUUAUUUUUAAUCCAGGUGUAGAUAGGAAAAGGACAUUUUUAAUUACUUACUGCUAACCAGAAAUGCAGAUGUAGAAAGAGAACAGGAAAAGUGAUUUAAGGUGGUUGGUGAUUCAUUCUCUUGUAGAUUAACCAUUGCAACAAAGGCUUUCACAGUUGACUCUUCUGGACCUACCUUUACCACAGUGAUGCAAUCGUAUUUGGAAAGGGGAAUCUUAUUUAAAUGUACGAUUCCUUGUAUUUGCUCCUAUCUCAAAAGAUACAUUAAAGGAGGUAUGCCAUUCAUGAA